AGGACAAAGGGAGGGAUGGGGUAUAAAAAGGACAGCACUGAUGAGGGGGGGACGAAUCAAGCUGAAAAUAUUUUGGGACAACCACGCAGGAUACUUUUCCAAGCUUUGCAGAUCAUGGCAGACUACGAUAUGAUCCUGAAACACUGGGGUCCAGUGGAAGCGGAUUACUCCACUUAUGGAAACUUGGUUCUGACCCGCCUGUUUACCGAGCACCCAGAAACCCAGAAACUGUUCCCCAAGUUUGUCAGCAUCCCUCACGGCGACCUGGCRGGCAACGCAGCCGUCUCUGCCCAUGGAGCCACCGUGCUGAAGAAGCUGGGCGAGCUGCUGAAGGCCAAGGGCAACCAUGCUGCCAUCCUCAAACCUCUGUCCAACAGCCACGCCACCAAGCACAAGAUCCCGAUCAACAACUUCAGGCUGAUUUCCGAGGUGAUCGUUAAAGUGAUGGCAGAGAAGGCAGGGCUGGAUGGCGCCGGCCAGCAGGCCCUGAGGAGCGUCAUGGCUGUGGUUAUUGCUGACAUGGACGCCAAUUACAAAGAGUUGGGCUAUGCCGGAUAAACACCGAGGUCAAGAGUCCUGCUUGGAUUUUUCCAGAACCAGAUAAUCUUUGAUUUGCAAGGGCUUUUUUUCCCCUCAAAAACACCUCUCUUUAUAAGUAAUCAAACUGCUGAUGAUAGUUAUCUUAUACUAAAGAGUCACCUUAGGUUCAACACACUUGUUUUAUAAGCAGGAUUAGAGCGCUCAUCUGUAUCAAAUCAAAGACACCAUCAUGAUUUACAAAAAUAUCAGCUGAAUUCUUUACUUUAAUUCAUUGUCUGAUUUUACUAAUAAAACUGUUGCUGUUUACUGCUCUUUA